GCGGGUUAUUUGAUCUAAAUUAAGGCUGGUAGCGGAGAUUGCGUCUCCUCCUUCAGGAAGCGUCUCUGGCUGCAGAUCUCGCGAGAGUUACGCGGUCGCUCGGCAGCAGUCGCUUUUGCAGCAGGGCUGAGGGAGACGGAGAGAGAAGGUAAGCGGGGAGGCUGCAUCAUGGCGGACAGAGAUAGUGGAAGCGAGCACGGUGGAUUCGCCACAGGCCCCGGCCCGGUGCACCCGGGCGCCGCGUCGCGGCUCCAGCACGACACGGAGGAGCUCGCCUCGAAGCGGGUGGACAUCCAGAACAAACGCUUCUAUCUGGACGUGAAGCAGAACGCCAAAGGCCGCUUUCUGAAGAUAGCAGAGGUCGGGGCCGGGGGAAACAAGAGCCGCCUGACUCUCUCCAUGUCCGUCGCCGUGGAGUUCCGCGACUACCUCGGAGACUUCAUCGAGCACUACGCCCAGCUGGGCCCCAGCAACCCCGACACGGUGCAGGACGAGCCGAGGAGGGCGCUUAAGAGCGAGUUCCUGGUGCGCGAGAAUCGGAAGUACUACAUGGAUCUGAAGGAGAACCAGAGGGGGCGGUUUCUCCGGAUCCGGCAGACCGUCAACCGCGGGCCCGGCCUGGGAGCCUCGCAAGGCCAGACCAUCGCGCUUCCCGCACAGGGACUCAUCGAGUUCCGCGACGCGCUGGCCAAGCUCAUCGACGACUUCGGCGUGGACGAGGACCCCGCGGAGCUGCCCGAGGGCACGUCGCUCACGGUGGACAACAAGCGCUUCUUCUUCGACGUGGGCUCCAACAAGUACGGCGUCUUCAUGCGGGUCAGCGAGGUGAAGCCCACGUACCGCAACUCCAUCACGGUGCCCUGCAAAGUGUGGUCCAAAUUCGGCGCGACCUUCUGCAAGUACGCGGACGAGAUGAAGAAGAUCCAGGAGCGGAGCCGGGAGCGGAGGGCGCGUGAGAUGCUACCGGAGGGCCUGCACGGGGACGACGGGGACGAGGACUAACGCGUACGUGUGCGCGCGGAACGAAUGACAUGAUAAUCAGACGUUACUGUAAUGUGGGAUCGAUCUACACACACACACAACCCUCACAGACUCAAACAGUUGCAUCUCUUCACUCAUCGCCGGAAGUUACCCACUUACCCACCAUUUAACAGUAAGACGCUGCUAUCGACAACAUGAUGUAUGAACCGUGUCCAGGAUGGUGCAGGAGUGUGUGUAUAUCCCUCUUUACCCACGUGUGUGACACAUCCAAGCUCUGGUGCGCUGCAAAAACCCACUUGUUUUUCGGUACAAACACCUGAACGUCCUUUUAAUUAUUUUCAGAAAAAUCCAAAUGUUUUUAUUCGGACGACUCGUGACAAACGGCACACGGUGUCAAUACUGGAAAUAAAAUAAAAAGCAUGCCUAGUUAACGGUAAAAUGACACUUUAUACACGAGUGGGGUCAGCUGCAAUGCGAUUCAACGCGCUUUCUGAACGCUUCAGCGCUGUGACACCUGUCAAUCACGUCGCCAGCAGCCGCUUCGUGCGUGUGAAAACCGACGGCCUAAUGCGUUUCACAGAUUUUAAAAUGUACUUUUCUCGGUUUAAAAAGUACAAAACGGCGCGAGAACGCUGCUGAUAUUCAGCAUGCACGUUGGGGGUUUUUAACGAGAGCGUGCAAAGCUUAUCGGAGCGACCGACCCCCGCUUUUACAGGUCGUUUUAAAGAUGCCGCGUGUUUGACCGGAAAACAAGACGGGCGGCUUUUGCAGCGCAAUACUAUUUCCAAAGGUGCGAAUUGGAAAAAAGAGGAAGAAACGUAUAAUUAGUGCUCACUUUUGACUUCCAGCACAAAAGCUAUCAUUUGGGAACCGUUUGAACCAAAGGUUCAACAUGCAAACGAACAUCAGAAGUGAAGGAAGGAGUGCUGUGAAUAUUUAAACAUGCACUAUUGUUAGAUUAUCCAAUUUAUAUGAAUGGAUGUCACCCCCUUCUGGUUCGACUUAAAAGGUGCGCUUGGUCACCCCCCAUCAUUUAAUGGUUUUUCGCUGGAGAGAUCACGUGACUAGCCACUUGACGACGUAAACCCGACGUCAUUAGUCGCUUUAAUUCGCAAAAUGAGUUUAGAAGAAGCUUCCUGUCUCGCGUAAACCAAAACUGACCAAGCGCACCUCGAAACGCAUACAAGGAAAUCUAGAUAUGUCGUUUACUCGUUUGCCUUUUAACUCUAUACACGAAGCAAGCGAGAUUGUUUGUUUGCACGCGUCAUGCAAUGUGUGCUUCGGUAGCCGCACAGCGAAGGCAUUGCUAAAACAACCGGUCGACGUUUGUUCCUGUUAAAUACGAACCCUGUCGCACCAUUGCCCACUGACAUUUGGGCAGACGGUUUCAUUGAAGUGCUAACUUAGAUAUACAAACUAUGAUUUUGUGAAUCAGAUGUACUUAGAUCCUUAUGAAAUUGCCCACGUUUUCUGUGGGAAUUUUUCUUUAUUUUGUUUUUGGGGAUGGGGCGGAGGGAGAGGGGGCGGGUACUCAAGAAGGAGCUGUCCACUAGUGCGAGUUGCGUUAAUAUCUGCGCGGAGCAUCCUCUACAACGUCAAAAAAACAACUCUGGUGCCUUAUAUUCUCCACACGUUUACAUGCUUUACGUGUUCGAUCAUUUUCUUUCCGAUCGCUGUUUGUCUUUCUUUGUCGUUCGGGGUCACAACGGCGUAGUUGCUGUACCACUCGUGGAGCUUCUUCGAUGACUUCUUCGACAAGCCGAUCAAAACAAACAAAUAAAAAGAGGCACGCGGGCUCUCGGCCCUCCACGUUGCUGGGAAAAGAACGAUGAUGUCGUAAAUCAAACAGCACUGACGUAAACAUGGACGUGCUGCGUUCACGUCGAAUCAGAAUUACUUGGUUUCCCGUGGCGGUGCUCAAACGCAAAACAGAUCCAUGUGCGGUUUUUGUCCUUGAUCCCAGCCUUUGCGAAAUUGUAAAAAAAAAUAUAUAAUUUUUUUUGUUGUUUGUCAGAAACGCAGGUAAUUCUGGCGCGAUGUGAACGCAGUAGUAGUCACCUAAAGGCGGUGGAGGUCUGCUCCUCAUGCUCUGUGUAAAAAAAAAAUAUAUAUAUAUAUAAAUUAACUAAAAAAGUAACAGGUUUUAAAAAAAAAAAAAAAAAAAAGAAAAGCUGCGUGUAAAAAACAAAAAACAAAACAAAAAAAACAGCGUGAUAAGGUUGUACGUAUGUUUCUUGCUACAGCCCAGCAUUAUGCUAAUGUAGGCCUAUAUUAGUAGACUUACGGCCGAGGCAGUAGCCUGUAUGAUUUUUUUGUAUGGUGCUAAUAUCCCCGUUUGUGGGAUUUACUUCUGCCGGUCUUAUCAGUUGCUGAAUUCGUUGUCAACCUCGUCACAUCGCACCUUGAGAUUUUACUUUUCUCACUAAAGUUACAGUGCUAACAUUUCAGUAUCGUGUGCAAUAUAUUGUAGGCUGCGUGCCAAUGGCGGCGUUACCCAAAAUUCAGUCCCGCUUGCAGGGUCACGUCCCCCUUUCGGACCCCCAAAGCAAAACUAUUUCCUAAAAUAUCAUGGGAUAAUGGGUACUGUAUUCAAUGCCUGAUUGGAAAUCCUACAAAAUCGCUGAAAGACAGUGUGAUGACUAUAAAAAGUCAUCAGAGCUACACAUGGUCACGUUAAACCUUUGCCGUUCUGUUUUUUUCAAUCCAGUCAUAUUGAAUCAAACUAUGAAUGUUAACGCUACAAAGCAUUACCAGAAGUAGUACUUUGAGUAUCUAGAAAACAAUAAUGCAAUGUUUUUGAAAAGGCGUUACUGAUAGCUACCUCUUGGGGUCCGAGGUGGAUCGGAUUCUGCGGGGACGAUUGAAUCUUGCAUGACGUCGACAUUUUGUGUGUGUGGAUAUUUGUCCCCUGCAACGGCGAAAAAAAAAAAACGUACGCUAGAGGCUCGCUCUAGACGAAACGCGCCUCUGCGUAUUAAACUAACCUUUUUGACUGCCCAAGUCAAAGUCAAGGGUUUAUUCUACUAACUAAACCAGUCACCACAAACAGGGACCAUCUGAAAGCUCGGCAAAUCUACUCUCCGCCAAUCAGACGCAAUCCUGUGUGACCUAAAAAAUAUAGCGACCUAGUCACUUAAAAAGCUUCUCGGUGGUUGGAGUAGUUCAUUAACUCAGUUGCUAAUAUAUAUGUAUUUUUUUUAGCCAAUGUUAAAUGCACAAUGCUUCAGUUAGAGAUAUUCAUAACUAUUUAUUUGAUAAAAUAUAUGAAUGUUGUUAGAAAAAAAGAUAAAGACUUUUUUUCUCGAACCCUCUCACAACAUAAGCCAGCUCACUAGUGUUGCAGUGAAAAAGCCUGUUCCUGUCAGACCCAGACGUCACAACUACUUGGAUACGUGGGGUUUUGUAAAAACGAGACCUUUAUAUGUACUAAAGCCACCAGCCUACGGACAGUUUUGGGGGUUUCUAGCCACAGACUCCCAUGCUAAAGGCCCAUUUCGUGCUAAGCACAUGAGGAAGUCUAUAGGGGAUCAAGGCUGACAUUAUUCCUGCGGAGCGUUUGGUCUCUUGUUUACCACUGCACAAUAUUAAAGCAUACAUACGCACUUUGUCUCGCUCGAUAUGCCCUCGCAUCUCUUCAAGACCGAAUCUCAAACGGCGCGCUUCUCUUGUAGGGGCUAUUUUAGGUCUAUUUGUACACUGUUAUAUUUCUUUUCCUCUUGAGACCGGUAAGCAAAUCUUUUUUCCUAUCACUGCCCGGAUCCGAUUACGAAAACUGCUCGAUGCGUGCCACCGUACGAAAUUGAAACUGGAAGUAACAUCAUUUAAAGGUGUUUUCUAGAGCAGAACGAUGCGAAAAUUCACCCUCGAUUACUCGCAUGUUUUAAGUCAAUCGUGAAGGUGCUAUUGGGUACUAAACGGCUCAGCGCUGUCCGGGUGGCAGACUUUCUCUUGUAAUAGCGUUCGAACUCUCCACCAGCAAAGACCAGUAUUGGUUUGAUGCACAACACGCUGUGGGGACAAAAAAAUUAGACGGUACUCUGACUCAAUGCUGGACUGGAAGAGCAGUUUCAGUCUUUUCUCCUAUUCCAGGUGCUGAUUCGAACAUCGCCUGUCCUUAAUGAGCGUAACUGAACUAACGGAGCUGCACAGACACCUUAAAGCCCUCGCGUAUCUGCAGUUUCCUAAACGAAGAGCGAAGCGCAACCUUUUAACUUGAUCUAUGUGUUAAUCUCAUGAAGCGUGUAUGUGUGUGCGCGUGCGAUUAUACGGUUCCCCUUCCCUGUUAAACCACGGCCAGUCACCAACUUGGGUUAGUUCUCAUACUUCACGUUCCUUCGGUCUCACAAGCUCAAGGCUUUGACCUGCUUAGCAUGUAACUGUGAGCGUUUUGCGUAUUAAGCAGACUGUCUGGGAGGGGUCCUGCAUCGAGGGUCAAUGCACAAGGAGGGUAUUCACAUAUCCCACCAACCAUUUCCUUUUUAUUCCCUAUCAAAUGUGUUGUACUUAAAAAUAUAUAUAUGACCUGUGAUGUGUGUGUAUAUAUGGUUUGUUACAUAUGAUGCUCCUCUUUAUUAAAAAAGAUAGCAUAUAUAUAUAUAUAAAAAUAUAUAAAUAUGUAUAUGAUUCCUAUAUAUGUGUUCCUAUAUGCAUAGGGAAUGUAUAUAGGAAAAAGCAUAUUGCUGUUUUUUUUUCCUUUGUAUUUUAUACUUACAGAAAGCAUUGAAUCAAAUGGAUAAAAUACUUGCACUUUAAAUAUAUAAAGAAAAUAAAAAAUCAGCAUAUUAUUUUUGAUAGGUGACCUCACAUUCAAAGAUUCUAUAAUUACUUUCCAGGCUUUGUGACAAUUGCUGUUUGGCAGAAAUCUAUGAAGUUCUUCUACAUAUUGAAGUCUAUUUUGUCUGUGUUACAGAAGGUUUACUAAAGUAAAUUGCAUGAUGACUAAGUAGUGCACCAACUGUUAUUUUCUUUAGUUGGUUAAAAAUGUCUAAUGAAAAAAUACUGUGAUGAUUAUUCUCAUGUGUGUACCCAUGUUAAACUUAAGUCAUACAUUCAAAGGUAUUCAGUUCAGCCUUUCCUAUAACAUGAAUAUGGUGCUUAAAUUGGCUUAGAAAUCCAUCGUGUUCUACUCUUCAUCAUUGCCACAACCAUCCUCUUCCUCCUCUGCAUCCUCCGUUUGUUCCCUUGGCUGUUUGCGUGUUCUCACAACUUUAUUCAGAUUUACGUUUCUUGGUAACAAGUGUGUUUUUGUACAGGUACGUAUGUUGUUCUUGAGUUGGAAAGCCUUUGUGUCUGAAAAUGACUAAUUGCAAUAAAUCAUCCAUUCCUCCCUGGCAA